UCUCUUCACUCUUCACUCUUCACUCUCCACUCUUCACCAAAAUGACGAAGCUCACCGUUCUCAUUGUUUUCGCCGUUCUCUUCGUCGCCCACACUUGCUCCGCCGCCUCCAAGCAGCAGGAGCAAGAGAGCUGCAGCGAGCAGCUGGAGAGCGUGAACCUCAGGCCAUGCGCGAAGCACGUGAUGGAGAAGAUCCAACGCGACGACGACGACGACGACGACGACGUUCUGGCGAUGCGAGGGAGAGUGAACUACAUAAGGAAGGGGAAGCGGCAGGUACUGGAGAAGUGCUGCGAGGAAAUGAGCGAGUUGCAGAGCGCCAAGUGCCAGUGCCGAGCGUUGCAGAAGAUCAUGGAGGAGCAGAGCCAGAAUCUGGACAAGACUCAGGAGGAGGAGAUGGAGAAGGAGCUCAUGUACUUGGCCAUGAGGUGCGGCUUUGGACCCAUGCUAGGUUGCGACUUGCGCUCUCACCACAACUGAAAAUAGUUAACAAAUAACAAUGUAGUGACGUCAUGGCUUGUGCAUGCAUGCAUGCUGCUAUAUAUAUGUAUGUGUAUGAUAUGCAACAAGCUCUUAUGUAGAACUCUGCGUACGUACUUCGUCUUAAUAAAGAUGAUCACCGCUAGUGAUCGUGUAUCUAAUGGAAAGCACUUAAGCUGCUUUUUAUGCCAUUCA